AAGCUGAUCUCUGUCCACCGCGAUUCGCGAACCCUUUCCUAGCUACGCUGAGCCACUCCGCGCGCCUCGCUGUCGCUCGCUUUUCGCCUCCUGCGUGGUUGCUUCGCGUGCGACAGGCAUAGCGUAGCCGCUCAAUCGUGCAACGCGAAGCAUCGCCAGUGCACCGUGCAAUUUCUUCCGCCAACUCGCACUAGCUUCGCGCGACUUCUUGCUGACGGCAGUGCUAACGCGAUGGGGGCCACACCCACAGACGCUUGACGUUUGAUACUACAGGCGAGAGCAGCCGGGGCAGCACCUCUGUCGUCCAAGAGUCAGUGCAGGAAGGAAGGGAAUCUUCGCAGUAUCUUUUGGCCUGACUGCACGGCACGUCGGGGAAGUGCGGCACAGCAAGCCGCGUUUGCUGCGAGCUGCAAUGCUGGUGUGGAGUUGAGAGCAAGGGAAGCAACGCACGUGUUGGCGUUGGGAGCUAGAGAGGCUGUAACAGGAGACGGGUUGGUUUCGGUGCAGCAAUCAGCAUUCUGUGCAGUGCAGCACGAGCGUUGGCAAAGCUUGCUGCCGCUGGCAGGGGCGUGCUGCCGUUGGCAGGGGCGUGCUGCCGCUGGCAGGGGCGUGCUGCCGCUGGCUCUGAGGGCAACUCACCGAUGGAGCAAGCAGGGGCUGCAGCGCCGCCACAGAGCUUCGAAAUAUUCCCACUCAUUGAGUCACUUGCAGAUGCCAUGCAAGCGGGAGCAGGAGACGCGGCAAUCCAAGGGCUGGUGGCGGACCUAGUGGGCAGGUUUGAUGCGUGCUUCAAGGCGCUUCAAGAAUCCAACUCCACCCUGCCAGAGAGCCUUGGGGAGCAGCGCGCCCAGCUACAUGCCCUCCAGCAGCAUCUGGACGCCCAAAGAGAAACUUUGGACAAGCUGCUUGGCUUGAAGACCCGUUCUAACAAAUGAGUGGACCAGAGGCUUUUUCUGAUGUUCACAAUAAUCUCCUCUGCCAAAACAGCACUGCACGCCCCAGUGUCGGCGGAUCCAGUUGAGUGGAGCCUCAAGAUUAGACAGCGCUCCUGCGAAGUUUGGACAGGAGGAGAGCAAAAAGUGCAACGGGUGUGAUGUGUCUGGAGGGAAUUCCACCUCUUGGCACGUGUAGCUUGUUGCUGACGUGACGUCGUAUGAAUCCAAUUAGGCGUCGCACGCUGCUCGCAACCAAACCGGAAGAGGCAAAGGAAAGUACCACGUGUCAGGUUGGAACUUUUGGCCGUGAAGAAAACAAACGGCCACCUAUUUCAUAUUUUUCUUCACCCAGUUCUGCCCAAAACGGGCAAUUUCUGUGUUGCGCAGGUACUACUGCACGUGUAGGUUCAAUGCGCUCUCUUUCACACAAAAAAAACCGGUGUUGUGUACGUGACGUUGACCGGCAUGUUCCGGUUGAAGAUUGGGCCAAUCCUGACGCCCAACGUGGUCGCAAUCCGUCGUAUAGG